AUGUCCAGCUUCACGCGCGCUGGCGUCGGAAGAGGAGGACCGUUGGUUGGAGGCGAUGAAGCGCCUAUCAGAAUGAACCAUGCGAAUGUGCACAACGCCACGAACACAAAUGCAUCACAGGACGACUCGAGUGACAGCACGCGACGCGGCCCGCUAUCAAACGGCAAGGACCACGAGAAAGAUGAGAGAGCCGGGUCUGGCAGUAAGGGCGACAACGGCUUCAAGGAUCAGGGACAAGACCAGGAUGGACAGGAUGCAGAACAACAAGACGAGCAGCCCAAACCAGUAGGCUUCUGGCACCCGAGCCUGAAACAUGUACGACGCGAAGCAAUGACAAAAUGGACGAUCACAACCGCCGUUCUGAUGACCUUCAUCCUGAGCGUUUUAUCGAUCUACUGGGGUGUCUUCUACCAUGUAGAACAGAACCUCUCAAGCCUGGUAGUCUACGUGAUUGACUUCGACGGCCAGGUUGCACCAUAUAACACCACUGGUAUACAGCCUCUCGUAGGUCCAACGAUUGUGCGACUGGCGAACGAGAUGGUAGCCAGCGGGGAACCUCAUCUUGGGUUUGGGAGUCUGCCUGUUGAAGACUUCGAGUACGACCCCAUCCAGGUCCGUCAAGCGGUGUACGACUUCGACGCAUGGGCUGCAAUCAUCAUCAAUCCCAAUGCAACCGCGAUGCUGUAA